AUGAUAAAAGUCUAUAAUCCAGAAUUACUUAUUUCUGAUGCAUAGGAUAAAUUAACAUAACUAGUUAGGGAUGAUUUUAAGCCAUUCAUUUUGAGAUGUGAAUAACACAAACUCUGUGUAUUGGAAAAUGAGAACUUGAUACUAUUUUCUGUGCUUUUUGAUAAAUGUUAGCCUAUCAUUGAUGAAGCCUUAUUAACGAUUACGCUUGUGAGUUAAAAGAAUGAAUCUAAAAUAAUAGCAAUUAAGUUUGCAGACAAGAAAGGCAUGUCUUAUUUGCAACAUUAUAUUAAUUCAAGAAAAACAUAUACAAAGUAUAUGGGUCCUUUGGCAUAUCAACCAGUGAGAAAAGAAAGGACAUCAUUAUUGAGUACGGAAUCCCCAGAAUAAAAUUUCAGAGGAAUAUUAAAUCUGGCAAUUCUGAUAUUGAUAGCUAAUCAUAUUAGAUUGAUAUUCGAGAAUUUUUAAAAGUAUGGUUUGCUUAUAACAAAUGUCUUCUGGAAGUUUGAGAUGGUGUAAAUAAAUGGUAAUCCUAUCAUGUAAGCUUUGUUGGUAUUAAUUAUUAAUUUGUUGUCUGGAUUUGGAAUUCAAUAUUUAUAAUUUAAAAGAGAUUUUAAUCCUAGAUUUAUUAGAAUAUUUAAUAUAACUAACAUUGCAUUAACAAUAAUACUCCCAUGUUAUUUAAUUUAGGGAUCGCAUCCAGGAUUAAAUUUGAUUCUUCUAGGUGUUCAAUUUAUAGUUUUUAUGAAGUUGAUAAGUUAUGCACACUUUUUGAGGAACACUUACUUUUAUAUUUAAAGAAUAAAGUAAGUAUAAAAUAAGAAGGUAUCCCUUGAUAAUUUCUUUGCUGAAUACGAAGUCAAUGGUGAAAACCUUAAGAUAUUAGAGAAAUAUGCUCAAAAUUAAUCAAGGAUUUUGGACUUUCAACACUACUUAUAUUUUCUAGCUGCUCCUACAUUGUGCUUCCAAUUGUCAUAUCUAAGAACCAAUUCUAUAAGGAAAGUUUGGUUGAUCAAGAGGAUAAUCGAAUAUAUUUUUGUGAUACUCUUUUUAUUGAUCAUUUGGUUCCAAUACACAGAACCACUUGUGGAGAAUACAUACAAAAUGCUAACUAAAGCUCCCACUCUUAUGGUGCUUGCUGAUCGAUUGUUAAAGUUGGCAAUACCUAAUACAUAUAUGUGGAUAGCCUUAUUUUAUGGAUAAUUCUAAUGCUUUUUAAAUAUCACAGCAGAACUCUUACGAUUUGCAGAUAGAGAGUUUUACAAAGAUUGGUGGAACUGUAAGAAUCUCGAAGAAUAUUGGAGAUUAUGGAAUUUACCUGUCCAUCAUUGGUUAGUUAGACACAUAUAUUUUCCAUGUCUAAAAUCAGGGAUGAGCAGAACUACUUCAAAUUUGAUAGUGUUUUUAGUAUCAGCUUUGGGUCAUGAAUACAUAGUCAGUGCUUCAAUUGGAGUGAUAGAGGCUUGGGCAUUUGUGGGAAUGUUUGCAUAGGCACCAUUUAUGUUAAUGUAGAAGAAAUUAGAGAAAUUACUUAAAUUAUAAGACUCCUAAUUAGGAAAUUUAAUGUUUUGGAUGACUUUUUGUUUUAUUGGAUAACCAAUUAUGAUCUUUGUUUAUUACUUUAGAUAUUUAGAAAAGAUUGGCCAUCCAAUAUGA